AUGAUCAGCUCCAUUAAUUCCCAGCCAACCUACAAUUACCACUCAUGUCGAGAUGAAUUCAACAAUUACCCCAACACGUCUUUCGAAUCAAACGUCAAAGUCCUGCUGGGUGCUUUAUCCACUAAAGCUUCCCAAAACUACAGCUUCUACAGCCAUUCCUCUAAUGGCAUCUACGCCCUGUUCCUCUGCCGGGGUGAUGUUAACAGUAGUACCUGCCAAAGCUGUGUCAGCUAUGCGGGUCAAGAUAUCACAACUCGGUGUUCAUCAAACACAACUGCCAUCAUCUGGUUUGAUGAAUGCAUGUUGAGGUACUCCGAUGCUAAUUUCUUUGGAGCAGGAGAGACAUCUCCGGCGGUGCUCAUGUACAAUGUCGGGAAUACAACUUCACCUGAGGAACCUAAUUUUGGAGCACGAGCUCUAAUGAACGGGCUAAUAGAGAUUGCUAGAGGAACGGAUAUGUUGUACAAGGCAGGCACCUGGUCAGGGGAUAAUGGGUCUGAGGUUAGAUAUGGUUUGGUGCAGUGUACUAGAGAUAUCAAUGUUACUUCCUGCACCAAUUGUUUGGAAAAGUCGAUGACUAGAGCCAUUCAAUGUUGCGAAGGGAAGAAAGGGUGGCGUGUUUUGGCCCCAAGUUGCAUUAUAAGAUAUGAGAACUACUCAUUCUUUCAGCCACCAUCUCUGCCACCGCCACCGCCGCCUCAGCCACAGCCGCCUCUGCCACAGCCACUUCCCGACAAUGCAGCUGUGGAUGAAAUAACAAGUGUUGAAUCCUUGCAAUUCACUUUCAGCACUAUUAGAGCCGCCACAGACAACUUUUCUAACGCGAAUAAACUUGGACAAGGUGGAUUUGGGAUAGUUUACAGGGGUAGGCUUUCAAACGGACAAGAGAUAGCUGUGAAAAGAUUAUCAACAAAUUCUGGACAGGGAGAUGUGGAAUUUAAGAAUGAGGUCCUACUAGUGGCUAAGCUCCAACACCGGAAUUUAGUUAAACUCCUUGGAUUCUGCUUGGAAGGAAUUGAAAAACUUCUUAUCUAUGAGUUCGUGCCUAACACAAGCCUUGAUCACUAUAUAUUUGAUUCCAUGAAGCAUGCAGACUUAGAUUGGGGAAGACGGUAUAAAAUUAUAGGUGGCAUUGCUCGAGGGCUUUUGUACCUUCACGAGGACUCCCGGCUUAGGAUUAUUCAUCGUGACCUCAAAACUAGCAACAUUUUAUUAGAUGCAAAAAUGAAUCCUAAAAUUUCAGAUUUUGGCAUGGCAAGAUUAUUUGCAUUGGAUCAAACUGAAGGCAGUACAAAUAGAAUUGUGGGGACCUAUGGAUAUAUGGCUCCAGAAUAUGCAAUGUUUGGACAAUUCUCAACAAAAUCAGAUGUUUUUAGUUUUGGUGUCCUAAUUCUGGAGAUUGUAAGCGGUCAGAAAAUUACUAGUUUUCAAGACACACAAAAUGCGGAGUACCUUCUUAGCUAUGCAUGGAGAAAUUGGAAGGAUGGGACAGCUUCGAAUCUCAUAGAUCCCACGUUAAUGAAGGGCGGUCCAAAAAUUGAAAUGAUGAGAUGUAUUCACGUCGGUCUACUAUGUGUUCAAGAAAAUGUAGCCAACAGACCAGACAUAACUUCAGUUCUUCUCAUGCUUAAUAACGAUUCUGUCGCCCUCCCUUUACCUACACAACCUGCUGCAAGCUUUAUGCAGGGCAAUGUUGGGUCAAGCAAAUUACUGCAACUGGACAGCAAUUGCGGGGGAACUAAUUAUGUGGCUUCAAUCACUGAAGAGUUAUCUCCUAGGUAGUACCUUUCUAUGU